AUGGACGGUCAAACUAGCACUGGAAUAUUCUAUGCUACAGUUUCAGCGCUUUGUCUUGGCUCCACCUAUGCGCCUUUAAAGUUUAUCGAUGGAUUGUAUUUUCAAUGGGUCCAAUCUACGGGACAACUACUGUUUGGUGUCAUUAGUUCGUUUUUUCUAACUCCUAGCCCAGUUAUUCCCAUCGCUAUGCUCAAUGGAAUGUUUUAUUCUAUUGGAAACUCUCUGACGGUCCACAUUAUGGACGGAGUGGGCGUGGCCGUUGGGUACCUUCUCUGGAAUACGGGUGCUUGUGUUGUAGGGUGGGCUGUGACAAGAUACGGAUGGUUCUACAAUAAACAACAAAUUCCAAAAUAUGGAUUUUGGAAUUUCGCAGGGGUUUUUGUAAUAUGUAUUGGAGGCGCAUUGCUUUGUUUCGUGGACCAUGUCCCUUUGAAAACUCGACCAGCACCAUGGACAAUAGAAGACGGAAAUCAGAAAAAGGAAAAGGAGAAUGUGCCGAAAACCAAGAAAAUUGGUUGCCUCCUCCUCACCGCUUUUGUCGGAUUUCUCUACGGCAACUUCUACUCCCCAAUCAGCUACAUUAUGAGCAAUGAUCCUGGAGCUAGUCAAGACGUUCGUUCGUACUUCUUGUCCUACUGUAUCGGAUCGUUUGCCACAUUUACAGUAAUCUUUUUGGGUUACUGUAGUUUUAUGAAGAAUGUGCCACGUGUCAAUCCGGAACUCUCGAAGCCAUCUAUAAUUUCUGGAAUUAUCUAUGGAGCGGGGAUGAUUUCAUUUUUCACGGCUUGUCAGAAUUUGGAUCAAAUAAUUGUCUAUCCAAUUUUAUCGAAGGCCCCAGGAAUAAUUGUCAGUUUCUGGUCGAUUCUGUUUUUUAAGGAUAUUCAAGGGGCACGAAACAUUUUACAAAUGUAUGGAGGCAUACUGGUUACUGUAAUUGGCAUUGAGAUUAUAUCGAUUUCAAAAACCGGUGGAGGCAUUUUGAAUUGA